AUGAAUUAUAAAUUAACUGAGCCUCUUUAAAGCUAAUUCUCAAAUCUUGAAAAUGUAGGAUAAUUUAAAACUUAAAAAGUAAAGAUAAGGGUACUUAAUGGGUAUUCCAAUUAAAUUAUUGUUGUAAAUAAAAACAAAUUCAUUUCAUUAACAUUUAAGACUAAAUUUUAAUUAUUGAGAGAACAUUUUAAUGAAAAAUAUAAAGUAGGUAAGCCUUUAGGAUUAUUGAUUGAAAGAGAGAAUAAUUAACAUAUUAUAAUUCUAUUUUCAGAUGAUGUUUAAAUGCUAUAAAAUUGGAGAGAUUAUUUAGCUAAACAUAUAAAUUAAAGGGGAUUUCAUGAAAGUUUUAAGGCUCAUCGUAUCAUAGGUAAAGGAAUCUUUACUUCAGUAGAUUUGGAAGAUCGUUUGGAGGAUGAAAGAAGUCUUGCAAUUAAAGCAUUUUCCAAAGAAGUAGCUUAUGAAAAAGAAAAAGGAAAGGUAUAUCUUUAAAGUAUUUUAAAUGUCUAUGUUAAAUGAAAUAACAAUCAUGAGAAAGCUUGAUAAUCAUGCUUUAAUAAAAUUACAUGAAGUUUAUGAGAGUGAGAAUUCCCUUUACAUGGUACUGAUCUAUUGGAAGGUGGCUCUUUAUAUGAUAAUGUAAAAAUAGACCAUAAUUUAAUGCAUUUGAAAUUGAAGUGCUUAUUUUUAGUUUAUUGGAAGGACUUUGUCAUAUGCAUUAAAAAAGUAUUAUGCAUAGAGAUUUAAAACCAGAAAAUAUUUUAUAUAGUAUAUAAGGGUAAAUUUAAAAGUAUAUAAGAAGUAAUAUUUCAUCAGUAUGCAUUGCUUAUUUUUGGAUUAGCUCAACAUUCUGACAAAUAUCCAUAUUUAUUUAAUCGUUGUGGUACUCCAGGAUUCCUUAUUCCAGAAGUUAUAAAUUCUAAAGAUGGAGGAAGAUAUGAACCUAUUUGUGAUGUUUUUAGCUUAGGGUUAAUUUUUUAUAUUUUGUAAGCUUAUUUUUUUUUGAAUUAUAGAUUAACUCUACUGGAAAACCAGUAUUUCCAGGUAAUAGUUAUAAUGUUGUUUUGGGAAAGAACAGAAAAUGUGAAAUAUCUUUUGAUGCUACACUCUUUGAAAUUAUUCUUGAAUAAGCUUAUAUAAAAGAAUCACCUUUAACAAAUAUUUUCAAUAGUCCAUCUGCUUAAAGAAAUGACUAAUAAUAAUGGGGUUAGUUAUAACGAAAGAAAUAACUAAUCAAAUGA